AUGACACCGACUGGAGAAACCUCCGUUCGAUCAAGAGAUUGUUGCAUUCGAGAUAGUCCGGCGAGGAGUCAAUUGAUUUGUACUGGCGCUUUCACACAUCCAAUGCUCCAAAAUGUUCAGUUUGGAACACUUGGGAUGCGGUACACUGAGCGCAAGCACUGCGACCUCGGGUUAAGUCCGAGUGGGCGCGUACGUGGCUCAAAUGGGAUUCUGGAAUACGGCAUCAUGCCCGUCGGCCAUAACUACUGGUUGCGUCUACCGUUGGGAGCGGGGAAUGUUCAAUCGGCAGUUCACUAA